AUGAAAGUGAUGCAUCAAGAUGAAAUGGAUAUGAUGAAAGUAAUACACGCGGACCUACCGGCUCAUUUGCAGUCGGUGGUAAGAAUCGAAGGAGAUAACGUCUUCAUAAACGAAGCGGGAUUUCGUUGUUUGCCUUCUUCGACAACAUCUGCUCUGCCAUUCUCACGAUUUCCGUCUUCUGCCGUUCCUCAUGCAAUGUGUAUGAAUCCAGGCACGGUACCGCCGGUCGACAUGCCUCCAUUCAUAGCAGCUCCUGGUAUACCACCAGUAAUACCCUCAAGAUCAAUAGUAUCAAGCAUGCCUCCUUCCAUGCCGUCAGACGACGUCAAGCAGUGUCCUUACCGACGUUGCGGUAACACCAAUCCAGAAAGUGCUCCGCCAGCCAUAGCUUCGACAACGGCACCUCCUCCAAAUGCUGCUCUUCCACUCAACAUGAAUGUACCACCACCAAAUGUUCAGAGCGGAUCCGAACGCGGGCGUCAACGCCUUUGGCGCACGCUCGAGUUGAGAACUUACGUUAGUCCCGGUAUCGGUCUAAUCGGUAAUUUCUCACCUCCAUUGAACGCUCAUGACAAUGACGGUAGUGGCGAGGUCGACUGGACAAGCGGCCCGCGUGUAUUUCAGUAUCGAAGCGAACCCUGUUACGAUAAACGUCAAGGUACUGAUAUGCGAGAAUUCGAAGGCAGAAUUUCAAUCGAAAUGUUCGACUUUUACUAA